UGGUGCUUGGCGGCCCUGCUGUCGACCCUGCGUCCGCGCUGUCAGGAGUCUGGGGAGGAACUGGCGGUGGCGCGACUGCCGGCGACGGCCGGCUGGAUGCGAGACCUGCGUGGACCGGGAGGUGGACAGCGGUUGGGUUGUCGACUCCGAGAAGCGGAUUGUCCAGUAGAGGAGCCCUACCGCGCUGGCCAUGGCCUCCAACUUUAACGACAUAGUCAAGCAGGGCUACGUGAAAAUCCGCAGCAGGAAGCUAGGGAUUUUCAGACGAUGCUGGUUGGUUUUUAAGAAGGCUUCUAGCAAGGGACCCAGAAGACUAGAAAAAUUUCCAGAUGAAAAGGCAGCUUAUUUCAGAAACUUUCACAAGGUAACUGAACUGCACAACAUCAAAAAUAUAACCAGACUGCCUCGAGAGACAAAGAAGCAUGCAGUGGCAAUUAUCUUUCAUGACGAAACGUCAAAGACAUUUGCUUGUGAGUCAGAGCUGGAGGCUGAGGAAUGGUGCAAACAUCUUUGCAUGGAAUGCCUGGGGACAAGGCUGAAUGACAUCAGUCUAGGGGAGCCUGACCUACUGGCAGCUGGGGUGCAGCGAGAACAGAAUGAACGAUUCAAUGUUUAUCUUAUGCCUACACCCAACCUGGAUAUUUAUGGUGAAUGCACAAUGCAGAUCACUCAUGAGAAUAUCUAUCUCUGGGAUAUCCACAAUGCCAAAGUCAAGCUGGUGAUGUGGCCUCUUAGCUCACUAAGAAGAUACGGUCGGGAUUCAACGUGGUUCACCUUUGAGUCAGGAAGAAUGUGUGACACGGGAGAAGGACUAUUCACUUUUCAAACAAGGGAAGGAGAAAUGAUCUAUCAGAAAGUGCACUCUGCAACACUGGCCAUAGCUGAGCAACACGAAAGGUUAAUGCUAGAAAUGGAGCAGAAGGCCCGGCUUCAGACAAGCUUGACUGAACCAAUGACGUUAUCGAAAUCCAUCUCUCUUCCGCGUAGUGCAUACUGGCAUCACAUUACCCGUCAGAACAGCGUUGGAGAAAUCUACAGCUUGCAAGGGCAUGGGUUUGGCUCCUCAAAGAUGUCCCGGGCACAGACAUUUCCCAGCUAUGCUCCAGAACAGAGCGAAGAGGCUCAGCCACCAUUGUCACGGUCUAGCAGCUAUGGAUUCAGCUAUAGUUCCAGCCUCAUUCAAUGACACACAGAGGCCACCACUGACCAGCAAACACAGUCUGCCCUGGACCUGCCAUGGGGUCAUUUCGCCCUGUGCCUCCUGGAAGACCAAUUGCAGUACAAAUUAACAUUGGCAAGGACUAGUCCCAACUGGAAGGUUAAAAACUGGAGUUCUGUUUCCUUGAUUCAGUGGUUAAGUCCUUUAUUAAUUGAAUUUCUAUGGGGGAAAUCUGUGUUUUACAAAAAAAAAAAAGAA